AACAAAACAACAGUGACGGAGAUAUUUCUUGUGGGGUUCGGCCAUCUCCAAUACAUUAAAAAUGCUAUUUUUGUUUUGUUCUUCUUCGCGUAUCUGGCAAUAGUAACAGGAAACAUGUUAAUUAUAACCUUGAUAUCUACCAGCCCAAGACUCCAGUCCCCCAUGUACUUUUUUCUUAGCAACCUAUCUGCCUGUGAAAUAGUUAUGACCACCAUGAUCCUGCCUAACAUGCUGUACAUUGUAUGGUGGAAUGGAGGUUUCGUAUCACUCUAUGGCUGUAUCAUCCAAUACUACCUAGGAUCUUCAACAGGCAAUAUAGAAUGUCUUCUUUUAACCAUUAUGGCGUACGACAGGCAUUUGGCCAUUUGCAACCCUCUGAGAUACUCUUCCAUCAUGAACAUUACCACUCGCAACCAUCUGGUGGCUUGGGCAUGGGCGGCUGGAUUUACAGCGAUGGGCGUAAUAAUAGUUACAAUCUUCCACCUACAGUUCUGUGGUUUGAACACCAUUGACCAUUUCUUUUGUGAUCUAGCUCCACUUCUGCAGCUGUCUACUUCAGACACAUCAUUGAUAGAGAUGGAGGUUCUCUUUAUAACCAUCUUUCUGAGUUUUGUCCCGUUUGUCAUAAUCAUAAUCAGCUAUGUCUGUAUAUUUUACUCAAUUCUUGGAAUUUCCUCACGGGCUGGAAAACAAAAAGCUUUCUCCACAUGUAGUUCACAUCUAGCUUCUGUUUGCUUGUUCUUUGGAUCGAUAUGUGUUACUUACAUGGUUCCUUCUCAGCAAAAUGGGAUGAAGAUAAAUAAGUUUUUGUCUCUGUUGUACACUGUUGUGACUCCUCUUUUGAACCCGAUAAUUUAUAGUUUAAGAAAUCAUGAAAUGAUAGAUUGUUUUAAAUAUUAUAUUUUUUUUCAAAAUUGUAUUUUUAAUAAAUUUUUUGAAUAA